AUGCGCUGUGCGGUGUAUCUCGCGAUUGCCCUGACCUUGGUCGCGGCCGUGGUGGCGAGUGAGGGCGUCGCACCUUCUCAGGCCCCUCUGGACCGCCGUCAGGCCGCGCUCGGCGGCGGUGGCGGCCAGCCGACGACCCAGCAGUCGCUCGAGUCGAUCUCGGGCUACACCCCUCCGCCCUCGUCGUCGACCCCCACGCCCUCCAACUUCAAGCAGGGAUCGAUCCUCUCCACUUCGGAUAUUGCCGGCUACGCUGACGCGAAAAAACUGACGAGCGCUGCUAUGCUGGCGACGACCCCGUUGCCCUACCUCGCUGCUGCUGUGGCCGUUAUUGCUGGUGCGAUUCUCUUCUAA